AUCGAUGGCUUCCAGACGUGAAUUGGAUUCGUUGAAGAGUCAGCUCAAGGAGGCUAUGAGUGACAAGAAGACGCCGAAGAAGACUGAGUCCUCACAUAAGAGUGCCGAGAAGUCGAGGCCGAGGUCGCGGUCGCGCUCCCGAAGCCGUACCCCCACCCGGAAGACAGACUCGCGUACAGUAACCCCACGCGUGAAGUCCAAUAAGAGUAGUGCCAAGAAGUCGGCCAAAAAACAGACCCCAAAGUCACAGACAAAGACCCCGAAGGCGUCCACUUCGUCGGCCCCGAAGACACCGAAGUCGGCGACGAAACGCAAGUCUGAGGCCAACGACAGCUCAGCCGUCAAGAAGUCGAAGCCGUCGCCCAGAGAGCCGACCAGAACUGCCGGCACCCGUCGGUCGCUACGGUUGGCGCAGUCGCCCCGUUCCGAGACUAAGCACCGGAACGCCGGCCCCCGCAGUGUCUCCUUCGACGCGAACACUUCUCGCGGUUCCCAUUCGGCGGACAAUCAAAGUAAAGGAUGGCUGUCCUACUGUUCUAUCAUGUAAUCCAUGGAUUAGA